CUCACACUCUCACUCACUGGGAAAUUUUCACUGUCACUAACUCCUGGAUUCCCACGCAGUCUCUCCGAGCAAGUUUGUGCCGUGGAUGUGGUCCACAAUGGGGGUGCCUGAGAGUUUGGUAUUGUUCCUAAUUUUGCAGAUUUUUACAGGAAGCACUUCAGGGACACUUGUCUCUAGCUGUGAUUCAUGUCAUGAUGAAGCCACCUGCCUGGAGUCACGAAAAAGAGGUGACUCUCUCAACAACCACGCACUCUCUUGCGUCUGUAAAGAUGGCUUUGUAGGUGAUGGUCUCACCUGUUACAAUGCAAAACUCUGCGGCAGUAACUCUUCUUGCUGUAGCCAAGGUUAUCAGUGGUCACCAGAAAGCGGCUGUGUGGACACAGACGAGUGCUCCCUCCCAGACUCACCCUGCACGCCACAUCAGGUUUGCCAAAACACCCCAGGCUCCUUCCAAUGUCUGGAUCCUUCCUCCAGCAACAGAUCUGUCCAGUUCAGCUGUGGACAAACUGUUUGUCCUUCAGGCAUGGACUGCAUCAGUAAUAAUGGGGCUCUCCGCUGUACUGACCCCUGUGAGCACUACACUGUACUGGAUGAUGACUGGCGUUCAACGAAUAACACAUCAAAUGCAGCCCUGCACUGUGACCAACAUAAUAACUGGCAAGGCUGGUAUCGCCUGCUUCUGGGACAAACCAGUGCUCAUAUUCCAGAGAGGUGUAUAGGUGAAAACAGGUGUGGAACCCAUGCUACCCUGUGGAUAACAGAACCUCAUCCCACACAGUCAGAUGAAAUAGUAAUUCGCACUGUGUGUAAUGCCUGGUCCGGCAGCUGCUGCUAUUUUACCUCACACACCAUCCAUGUCAAGCACUGCUAUGAAAACUUCUACGUCUAUAAACUUGUGAAGCCAUCCGGCUGCUAUUUUGCAUACUGUGCAGAGGUGAACAGAACAGACCCUGCAGUUUCUGCAACUACACCGGAUGCAAGACCUCAGACAACUACUGCCAAUGAGGUCAACAACAGCACAGGAGUUGAGGGGCAGGUCCGCCUGGCCAAUGGAGGAAACAGCUCCUGCUCUGGUAGAGUAGAGAUCUUCCACCUUGGAGAGUGGGGGACGGUGUGUGACGAUGCCUGGGGUCUGGAUGAUGCUCAGGUGGUGUGCAGACAACUGGGCUGUGGCAGGGUCCUGUCAGCACCACAAGGUGCACGUUUUGGACAGGGCAGAGGGCCCAUCUGGUUAGAUGAUGUCACGUGCACAGGCAACGAAUCAAAGCUCACCGAGUGCAGCCACCAAGGGUUUGGAUCCCACAACUGCGGUCAUCAGGAGGAUGCUGGUGUCGUCUGUGAAGCUGGUUCGCCAGUGAGGCUGGUCAACUCUGACAACCGCUGCUCUGGCAGAGUUGAGGUCUACCAUCAUGAACAGUGGGGGACAGUGUGUGAUGAUAGCUGGGACCUGAAAGAUGCCAAUGUGGUGUGUAGACAGCUGGACUGUGGCGCUGCUCGUUCAGCGCUAGUAAAUGCAGCUUUUGGACAGGGCAGUGGACCCAUCUGGUUGGACGAUGUCAGUUGUUUUGGAAAUGAAUCAUCGAUAACAGACUGCAGACAUCCAGGGUUUGGGGUCCACAACUGCGGUCACAGUGAAGAUGCCAGUGUUGUUUGUGAACUCCAGCGUCCUCCACUCCAGCCUCCUCAGCUUAUUUGUGGCCGUGAUAAACUCCACAUAGGGCUGGAUUUGGCUGGCUUGACAUCCUAUGGUUUGAACCCAUUCUCUGGCAACCUUGCAGCCCUCAACUGUUCCUGGACCAGAGUGCAUGAUGAUGUAGUGUGGUACGAAGUGCAGGCCACAGAAGGUGCCUGUGGAAACACACUGAGGACCAACCGCACACAUGCCAUCUACUCCAACAGUUUAUUCAUCUACCCAAUAAACAAUGCAUCCUUCAUCAUUCCUGUGAGUCUUCCCUUCUCCUGCGCUUAUCCCCUGGACACAAACACCAGCCUGAAUGUGGCUGUCAGACCAUUCCUGGCGCUGGAAGGUGGCAUUUCAGGCUCGGGCGCAAAAGCCAGAGCCUCCAUGUCUCUGUUCCGCAACUCCAACUACACUGAGACUUAUCCAGCAGGCACGGUCACCCUGCCAGUGGGCUCACCGUUGUACGUGGGCAUCUCUGUGGAGGAGAGAGAUCCAGACUUUGCAGUUGUUCUGGAGGACUGCCACGCCACUCACUCAUCAAACCCUGACGAUCCCAUGCGAUACUCUCUCAUCCACAACAAGUGUCCCACUGACCGCCGACAGGUGUCAGUGACAGAGAGCGGCUCGUCCCUCCAGGCUCGUUUCUCUGCUCUGUUAUUCCUGCUCCAGGAUGAAUACCGGGACAUUUUCCUUCAUUGCAGCCUCAGCUUGUGUGACCGAAGGAGCUCCUCCUGCGUUCCACCUUGCACAAGUAGGACGUACCGCUCUGUUUCCAGCUCUGAUCCUUUGAAGCCCCUCACUAUUGGACCAAUCAUUUGGGACAUGUCACCUAAGUGAGCUGGUAACAUACAGUAAUAAUACAAACACACUCCAUAUUGGGAUAUUAUUUUCUUUUAAGAUAUGUUUCUAAUGCUUCGAACAAGUGUUUCAUUGUAUUAUUAAAUCUUUCCACACUAUCAUUCCUCAACAUAAUAAAAGUGAAGGUACCAAUA